AUAAAUUGUAAAAAAAUAUUAAAUAUUUUAUUUAGCAAAGGGGUUGGAUCUAUGAUACUUGCAUGAAUUCUUAGCCAAAAAUAUUUAUAUUACGUAACAAGUAAACAGUAUAGCCAACACAAAACCGCUAAAAACAGCUGUUGAAGUGUUGAUUACAGAAUGGCAACAACAAUAUAAAAAAUGACAUGGGAAAAAUAAAAGUAAAUAUAGUUCGAGCGUGAUCAAAAUACUAGCUAAAUUAAUAAAAUAAUGGACAAUAAAAUGUGCAACAUAAGUAAAAGUUACGAGAGUGAAGGGGCCGAUGGUUCCUCUGAUCAAGAAAAAGAGGUGUCUAAUGUGAUUUUUAGUGUUGAUGAUGAACAUAAACCAAUUAAUUCUGAAGAAAAUAAUGAGUGUUGGCUAAAUGAUUGUACUAGUGGUUAUUACGACGACGAUCUCGGGGACAUUAAUAUAACAAAUUUUUUCCAUAGAGUCGAUAGUAAUCAAAUUAUAUAUCAAAGUAAAAAGAGGAAGUUAAAACUUGUGGGGAAAUACGUAAUGGGUGAUUUACUAGGCGAGGGUUCUUACGGUAAAGUUAAAGAAAUGUUGGACUCGGAAACAUUAUGUCGAAGAGCUGUGAAAAUCUUAAAACAAAAAAAACUUCGUAGGAUCCCGAACGGUGAACAAAAUGUACAAAGGGAAAUCAAACUAUUGCGAAAGUUGAAGCACAAAAAUGUCAUCAAUCUGGUAGACGAGCUGUACGACCACGAGAAACAGAAAAUGUAUUUAAUAAUGGAAUUCUGCGUGGGGUCGUUACAGGGAAUGCUAGACUCGACACCUUCCAAGAGAUUCCCCCUAUAUCAGGCGCACGGGUACUUUUUGCAACUUGUCGACGGCCUAGAAUACUUACACAGCAUGAGGGUUAUCCAUAAGGACAUUAAACCGGGAAACCUGCUCUUAACCCUCGAGAGAGACUUAAAAAUAUCAGAUUUAGGAGUCGCGGAGACCAUCGAUUUGUUUGCCAAGGAUGACACCUGCUUCAUUGGUCAAGGAUCACCUGCCUUUCAACCUCCCGAAAUUGCCAACGGUCUGGAGUACUUCCCAGGAUUUAAAGUCGAUAUUUGGAGUAGCGGGGUGACAUUAUAUAACCUUACAACCGGGCGAUAUCCUUUCGAGGGCGACAACAUUUAUAGACUAUUUGAAAAUAUAGGAAGGGGAGAAUUUACUGUGCCCGAUGAGAUAGAAGACCCUCUUAGGAACUUGCUCUUGGGAAUGUUACGGAAGGACCCUCAUACGAGAUUUACUCUACAGCAAGUCAGGCAACACCCGUGGUUCACGAGAAAGCCGCCACAGGUGGAAAUCCAAGUGCCGAUUCCUCCCCUACGCGGCGACGAAUGGCACAAUAUGACUGUGUUGCCUUAUUUAGUCGAUCACUAUUACGACGAUCCCAACGAGGAGGUUAACGGGACCCAGUAUUUUACCGAGCACGAGCUAAAUGAGGCGGAAAAGAAACAGCACGCCCCGGAACAGUCCAACGGAAGUACUCAAUCAAACCAAAGUUCGAAACGGGGAGGGAGGUGGAAGAAACCCAUUUCCUGUAUAACGGUUAGGAAUUUACCCGGCUGCAAGCAAUCGUGACAAAUCUUGUGUAUUUAUAUUUUUGUUAUUAUCGUAUUUGUAAUAAAUAAUUAACAGAGCGCAUAUUAAAUACUUUGUUAAUGUUGUUUAAAAAUUUAUAUUGUUGUACCCUCAAAUAAGUUUUAUUUUUUUUGUUGUGUUUGAAUCGUAAGAAUAAUAAUUAUUAAUAUUGUAACAAAUGUAUUUAAUAUGGCUGGCUGUUUCAUUUUGUAAGAUUUCUAUAAAUAAAGAAGCAUCAGGAGUGCCAUAUCUAAAUAAUAUUUGAAUAAUAAAUUAUGUUGACUGGU